AUGGCAAAUAACCAGAGCUCAAAAAAACCCAAUGCAGAUUUCAAUUUGAAGGAGAUCUCUCCAAGUAUUGGGGUCAGGACUGGCAAAAGCCAUGGUGGAAUCACAAAUGCCACAGACCUUGUUGAAACCACUCUUUUCUUGUACGUGAGGAUUGUCAGGGCCGAGGACUUGCCGGGAAUUACAGGUCCUAAUACUUGUGAUCCUUAUGUGGACCUGAAAGUUGGAGGCCUAAAAGCGACCACCUUGUGCUGCAGCAGAAACUCAAACCCAGAAUGGAACCAAGUCUUCGCUUUAGCGAAAGCUCGUAUUCAAGAGCCGACUCUUGAAAUUCUGGUGAAAGAUCAGAUUCCAAGGUUUGGUGAAAUUUUGGGUCGCUUAUCUUUCGCUGUUUCGGACAUUCCCACACGAGUUCCAUCUGAUAGUUCACUUGCACCUCAAUGGUAUUGGCUAGAGGAUCAAAAGGGAAGUGGUUUGGGAAGAUUGAUGCUCUCUAUUUGGAUAGGUACUCAGGCUGAUGAGGCUUUUCCCGAAGCUAGGCAUUUAGAAUCAACAAUAAUAAAUGCUCAUAACGUUCUUAAUACUCAUUCGAAGAUAUAUCUUUCGCCUAGAAUUUGGUGUCUUAGAGUCAAUUUGAUCCAAGCCCAGGACCUGUUAUAUGAAGACACAGCUGAAAACUCUGAGAUUUUUGUUCAAGCUACCUUGGGGAGUUUUACUUUCAGAAGGCAAAAUGAACACUACAGAAGCAUAGGGAAGUGUUCAGUUCCUGUCAAGAAUGCUGACAAGAGGUUAGAUGGUGCACCUCCUUCUGCCAAAUGGUAUAAUCUUGAGAGACCCAAUAUCAUUACUGAGGUUCAAAAUAAUGCAAAAGUUAUUAGUAAGCUUAAUAUGAAGCUCUCUUUGGAUGGUGGAUAUCACAUAUUUGAUGAGGAUCCAUGUUUUAGCAGUGAUCUGAAUCCAACAGUACCGAGGUUGUGGAGAUCCAGUGUUGGGGUUUUUGAAUUGGGGAUCUUGAAUGCUUCCGGCUUGCCUGCAAUGAAGAUAGGAAAUCGUACUGAUGCUUAUUGUGUAGCUAAAUAUGGCCCAAAAUGGGUUAGGACAAGAACAGUUAUUAAUAGUCUUAAUCCAAAGUGGAAUGAACAGUACACUUGGGAUGUCUAUGACCUAUGUACAUUCAUCACAAUUGCUGUGUUUGAUAAUGGUUGUUUACAUGACAGUGCCGUAGAUGCAAGAAUAGGGAAGGUGAGAAUCAAUCUAUCAGAAAUGAUAACCAACAGGAUUUACACCUAUUCUUUUCCACUUGCAGAACUGCAGCCUUCAGGAUUGAAGAAGAUGGGAGAAAUUGAAUUAGCUUUCAGGUUUAGCUGUCCAGAUAUGGCCAAUCUCUUGAAACUCUAUCUAAUACCUAAGCUUCCUAGGCUGCAUUUUUCUAACCCGUUGUCUCGGACUCAGUUAAGUGGUUUGAGGAAACAAACCAUUAUGCUUCUCUCUUUAAGGAUGAGCAAGGCAGAACCUGCAUUGAGGAGAGAGGUUGUGUCAUAUAUGCUGGAUUCUCAUGAAAGCCUGUGGAGCAUGCGCAGAGGAAGAGCUGAUUUUGACAGGAUCAAAGCUGUUAUAAGUGGAUUUGUUGCCUUGCAAACUCAAUAUAAUAAGAUAUGUGAAUGGGAGAAUCCUACUUCAUCGCUCAUGGUUUGCCUGAUAAUUUUUGUUCUGAUCUUUGAACCUCAAAUUGUGCUACCUGGUAUGUUGAUCUGCCUUAUACUGGAUAUCAUCUUGCAGUAUCAAAAGAGGCCGAGUCUCCUAUCACAUGUGGAUUUGCAGUUGUCACGUGUUCAAGCAGCUAGUGUAGAUGAAUUGGAAGAAGAGUUUGAUCCAAUUCCAUCCAAAUUCGAAGACAGAAUCAUCAGGCAUAGAUAUGAUCGGUUAAGAAUUGUCGUUGGGAGGCUUGCAGCUGAGAUGGCUAAGUUUGUGACUAGAGUAGAAAAAUUGCAAUCCUUUGUGACCUGGCAGGAUCCAACAGCUACAUUUCUAUUCAUGAUUUUGUGUCUGAUUGGUGGGAUAGUGACUUUGAUUGUUCCUUUCCAAGUGAUUAUAAGUGUUUGUUUCCUUUAUCUGCUUAGGCAUCCAAGAUUCCGCUCGCCCAUUCCUACAUUAUUUGAGAACUGGGUGAGUAGGAUGCCUUCAAAGUUAGACAGCAUGACAUAA